UAAAUAUGUAUCAGUAUGUGAAUGAGCUGAACUGUGUUAUAUGUUUGAGUGGUUCCGACCGACCACAUGUUUCCUCGUUUAAAUAUAGUACUGAAGAUGACUUUGUUUUCGGCAUGUGUGACGCUAUUCUCUUGUGUGAUUUAUCUUUCUUAUGUUUUUGGAGUAGGUAGCUAUGGUACACUUGACGAGGAAGACGAUUUCGGAUAUAUUUCCUCUACGCACGCACGAGAGCUAAUAGACCGUUUAGUAAAAGAGAUACCAGAGAGGGUAUCACAUCAAAGUGGUCCUACGUAUGACAUUCCCUUAAAUCCAUUUGACAUCAGUGGCAAAGUACAAGUAGCACACGCAGUGGUACGAGACCUGAACAAGAUAAAAAUUACAGAUUUUUCUUACAACGAAGACACUAAAGUUUUGCAAGCUGUUGCACAUUUUGAAAAAAUUGCUUUGAGUAUGGCCGUCCAAAACGAUUUGGAAUGGAAUGGCAAGAAAAAUAAGGAUCUGACAGCUAUGAGGCUCGACCUGUAUAAUUGCAAUUUGAAAGUGACAGGACAUUUCAAUGGAGCUGAAGUAUGGGAUACCUUCGCUGAAGCUGACCUAGGCUCUUCUAAGGUCUACAUUAUGAAGAUAUUUAGAAAUGCAUCUUUAAGCCAAGAAAUAUCUGAUUAUCUACGAAGAAAUUUACCUAGAAUGAUAAGUGCCAACAGGAACCUGGUGUCGACUGUUUUGACUCAAUGGACAGAAAAAGGAGUCAACAGUUUAUUGAAAAAGAUGGAUAGAAAUAAAAGGGAAAAGCAGUGAUACGU